AUGAACGUGCUAGUCUACGAUACUGCUUUAAGCUCGGUACUGGACAACGUGGCAGCCUUGUUCGCAUCAGACGGGCGGCUGGAUGAUAGCUAUGCUGAUUCGCAUCCGGAAAAACCCUCAAAAAGCCAAAGUGCGAAAGCACUGAGCAGCGCAAUAUCAAAGAAACGAGUGCUGGGUGAAUGUAGUAAGUGUCAGAAACCAGUAACUGCGGGUGCACGUCAAAUGCAUAUGUUCUUCCAUCUCGCCAAGGAUCAUGGGACUUUCCGUUUCCGAUGUCUCUUCGAAGGUUGCACGGUAGAACAUUACCGUAAGGAUCAAAUGGAGAAUCAUCAGUCGAAAAUCCAUGGCAAGAUAGAUCCGGACAUGAUGGAAGAUCGUUCUCUCGAGCUAUUCCAUCGAUGUCAGGAAUUGAAUCAUGAACUGUUUCUGGCCCAUAAAGCUAAUGCUAGCAAUAGC